AUGAAAGUCGUCGACCUUGCAAGCGAUCAUGUCUAUUCUCGACUUGUCUCCGGAGCGAUCUUCAUGCUCAUUCCUAUCAUGUUGACUCAGUUGUACAUCCCAGGGUCCAUGAACUUUGCAGAGGUUCCCAGCAAGAACAAAGUUCCAGCCUCACUGCAAGUGUUCAACAUCCCUGCGGCGAACAGCAUGGUGCUGGGCAAGGCGAUGAAACAGCCCAUCAAGGUCUAUGUGCGCAACAACGUCUCUUACCCGAUCAGCGGGCAAGCUCUGCAAGCGAGAGUCAGCAGCUGGAGCCCCGAUCAUUCCUUCGCUUUCUGUGCCGAAUCCGCACACGUAGCGGGGACGAUCGAGUCCCUCCGACACGCAGAGCUCUGCAAGUUUGAGCUGGAAGGAAACCUGGUGAGCACAGAUGACGACGGGAUCGGAACGUUUGCACUUCUUUCCUUCACGCGCGCGGUCCCAGGGAUGGUGGUUGUUGAGAUCUUCCUUGAAUACUGUCCGGAUGCUUCUUGCUCAGACCGUGUUUUCCUCAACACCUCUGUGUUGCUCUCUAUGACUACCACGACCAACUUCCUGCGAUCAAUGAACUCUGCGCCGGACGUCCUGCUGUCCAACACACCCAUGGCAAGUCAGCUGUCAGACAGCAGCAUCCCGCAAGUGAUGGUUGUUGACGGGAGCGGGAGACCAGUCUUCAACGCGACCGUUGUCAUGUUUUCAAUCUCGAAUUUCACGAGGUACUUUGACAGGCUGAGUGAUUCUACGAUCGAGGUCUUUGGGACGGAUCGAGCUCUGGCCGGGGACCUCAGCAAGUUUGUAGCGCUAGAUAACGCCGUGGCUGUUUCAGACCAGCACGGGAUCGCCAGGUUUGACCGGCUGACAGUCAUCGCGUCAAACUGCAAGUCCUUCUCCCUUGCCUUCUCCUACCUCGGCAGGUUUGAAGUCUGGAAUCGAGUCAGCCUUGUGUCCGGCCCACCCGACGCUGCAUCGGUGAAGAUGUUGAUCACAGAAGCGUCUCUUGUAGAGGCUGAAGACAAGAUCUCCCUGGGGGUCCUCGGAUCUCCGACACAGUACGGACUGAGGGCCGUCCCGCGGGACGCUGAGCAAGAUCAGCCGUGGAGUACAAGGGGGAAGAGUGUUGAAGGACAAGUCAUGACCAAUGUCUUCGUGAGGGUGGGCAAUCCUGUUCAAAGUCCAGUCAAUCGCCGUCUCUAUCCAAGAGCAGGCAAGAGGGUGAUAGCGUAUGCGUACCCUUUCUACUCGGCCGACAAUGAACGGGAGGUUUACAGUGUCCUUGGAAGUGUGAAUGGAAAAGUUGCUAUGAUGGAGACUAGGAAAUGGCGGAGAUUCAAGGAGCUUGUCAACCCCAUCAGCGAGCCCAGCGACAAGGAUGGUGUAGCAAGAUUUACCAACAUGAAGUUGAGCCAGGAGGGAAUCCCCGGGGUCUAUCAGAUCAGAUUCUUUACAGAUGGCCAACAGGACCCUGAAGUUUUGCUGUGGCAGACAACGACGUCGGUUGUCAAGAUUGAAAUGAACGUGUCCAAAGAGAUCUACGAGCAGGAGAAGCUUCAAAGCACAUUUGGAUGUAUCGCGUACGACGGGAUUUUGGGUUGCGUGAAGAAGGGUCUAGUUCCUAUUCAGGCCGGAAACCCUCUCUGCACCCAGCAAGAUAAUCAGAUACAGUGGAUGAAGGAUCUUGGUCUGGUGAAGAUCCAAGCACAAACGCCAUAUAUCCGUCAAAUGGCAGAUCCAACAAGGGGGACCUUUCUUGUGCGGGUGGUGGACGGGGACGGAAAAGGCGUUGAAGGAAAAGAUGUUUACCUCUGGAACGAAAUUUUCUUCUCUGAUGGAAGCCUGUGCGAUAACUGUUCGAAUGCUCCCUUUGAGUACACGUUCACUGUUGAUGGCAUCAGAAGUUCAUCCGCGUUACAGUUCCGUCGAGCAGCUCUUUACAGCGGUCAAACCACGAUCUCAACCUACAACAAGCUCUGCGGGGAUUUGACCUCCUCCUCCUUCUUCGCCUCCCUGUCCUCCUCCUCCUCCUCCUCCUCCUCCCUCAACGAGACUGAGUAUGUUCAGCUUAUGUCUCCUCUCACUGCUGUUUGCGCAUCCAUCAAAGUGCAGCAGACUCUCUCAGCUCAGGUGUCUGCUGGGGCUAACGCGGGGACUGUGGUGGCUCAGGUGGUUCAGCCGUCGAACCAGGGGAUUGCAGGAGUGGAGGUCUGCCUUGCCUGGGACGACGACCACCUCAAGGAUCCGAACUCUCCUCUCCUCGCCGCCCUCAAGUCGCUGAACCCCCUCCGCUCCUCCUCCUCCUACGGGCCCUGCAUCCUCAACUGCCUGCGAGCCAACCCCCUCCUCCUCCCUGCUCAGUGCGCCUCUACCUGCAAGUUCAGCCUCGUAUCCCUCUCCUCCGGUCUCUGCAACCUUACCGACGCAUCGGGCCUGCUACCAUGGUACCUCUUCCUCCGCAACCCACUCGACGAUCCUCUCUAUCCUCCCAGGGCACCAGAGCUCCUCCGCUACCGCUGCUUGCUCGAGCGCCAGGGCCUCUCCCUCCCUUCCCCCUGCACCAGCGACAAGUUCUGGACUCUUGUGGAGGAGGAGACGCGGGUCAGGUUUGUGAACCAGUCCUUCCUAGCGAGCUCGCUCGAGCCGCCUACGAUCCGUUAUCCUCCUCCUCUUCCCCUCCUCGUGCGGCCGGGGGCGAGAGCGGAGCUGGACAUGUACACGUACAGCAUGAGCAGCGGGGCUGGAGUGGAGAACACAAAGACGAUCGUGCGGGCUCAGAGGCUCUGGAGCGUGCAGGAGGGAGAGGUACACCUCAUCCUCGGUAGCGUCGCGUUCGGAUUCUCACGGAUUUCUUUCACAACCGACGCUUCUUUCUUCGGCACCUACUACCUCUGCCUCGAGAACAACAGAGGCUGCGUCAAGUUCACUGCUCUCCCCGCCAUCCCCGUCCCGUCCUGCUCCUCUUCUCUCGCUGGCCUUGACCUCUUCUCCGUUCUCUUCCUCUUCGACAAGUCUUCAGGAUCGUUGUGCAGCCUUCAGUCCCAGCAGCAGCUCGUAACAGUGCUGAGAGAACCGUUCAACCAGGACAAGGACAACAACAUUUCCGUAGGAAGCAGCUUCCCCUUCCCUCCUCUUGUUCAAGUCAACGAUCUUCUCGGACAGCCCAUGGCGGCGCUGACCUUGCAAGCUCGGGUAGAGAAGUUGGAGGCUGCGGGAUGGACGCAGUCAAGACAAGCUCUCUUGCGGGAGGAUUGGAGUACCAUGUCAAACUUGACCGGCAGGCUUGUGUUCUCAGCAUACAUGGGAAUUGACUGGGUUGCUUACGAAACAGACAGCGCAAGUUUGUUCAGGUUGUCAUACUGUAUCGUUGCCGAUGGAGAUCCGUUGUUGUGCGUACCAGGAAGAUCGACGUUCUCUGUGAUCCCAGGGCAGGUUCGUUUCUUGGACAAUCCUGAACCUCUUGUUGCUGUUGGCAGUUUGUUGCAAGGUGAUGUCAUGUUGAAAGUGCAAUUGCAAAUCGUGCAAACAAGCUCGACAAGGGGAGUUGAGAAAUGGAAAGCUCCAUUCUUACAGUUUGCACUCAUGGCAGAUGGAGAUAACUCAACAGAAACAUGUUUCCUUGAAGGAGAUCAGAAUGCACAAUCUCAAAUUGACACGCCAAGUGCUCUUUCGCUUUCUUCGACCUUCCAUCUGAAAGGAAUGAAGCUAAUUUCGUGUUUUGCUGGGACUUACCGAGUGCAAGCAAGAGCAUUUUCCGACGUGUAUUCUUCACGGCAAAACACAUUUCCAUCUCUUUCGGCAGAUCGUUCAGAAAACAUCAAAGGGCAUGGGAGCUUUACCGUCGACAACUCAUCUCUUCCUCAAAACAUCUCAGCUCCAUUGUCUGCAAGCUCACAAGCAUUGUUUGCAAUCAAAGUGAUACAACAACCAUCUACUAGAGUUGCAACUUUCCGACCGUUUGUGGUGUCGGCGAAACUUUACGGAGUUGGUGGUGCGAUUGUCAACAAUUUCAUCAUGACUUGUUCUAUUGAUGAGAAUCCAAUAUUCCCCGACGCAACUUAUGCUGCCUUAGACCCUGGAGGAGAUAUUGGUGGAAAUGUUGUUGUUGUUGUUGUUGUUGUUGUUGAUGAUGAUGAUGAUGAUGAUGAUGAUGAUGAUGAUGAUGAUGAUGAUGAUGAUGAUGAUGAUGAUGGAGAUGAUGAUGAUGAUCGCAUUCGUGAUGAUGAUGUCCGUGAAGACGAUGUCGCCCAGGUCAGUUCGAACCUAUCAGAACUCUGA